UAGCAACACCAUCACUAGCCCCUCUAAAGAAACCCUAACACUCCGCCCCUUAUAACGGUAGAGGCCUUCUGAAUCCACAGCGGCCUCUCUCUAAUCUCAAGCCAUGGCUCUGAUUCUGCAUUCAUCCAAUAUAAACAAGAAUGCAUUCAAGGCACUCAUCGCUGCGGAAUACACUGGUGUUAAAGUAGAAUUGGCGAAGGACUUCAAGAUGGGUGUAUCAAACAAGACUCCAGAGUUUCUUAAGAUGAAUCCAAUUGGAAAGGCUCCUGUGCUUGAAACACCUGAAGGUCCAGUAUUUGAGAGCAAUGCCAUUGCACGUUAUGUUGCUAAGUUGAAGCCUGACAAUCCUCUUUUUGGAUCUUCAUUGAUCGAAUAUGCCCAUAUUGAGCAAUGGAAUGAUUUUUCAGCUACUGAGAUUGAUGGAAAUAUUGCCCGGUGGCUGUACCCCCGAAUUGGUCAUGGUGUACAUUUGCCUCCGGCUGAGGAGGUUGCAGUUGCUGCACUGAAGAGAGCGCUAGAGGCCUUGAACACCCACCUUGCCUCUAACACUUAUUUGGUUGGACACUUUGUCACGCUUGCUGACAUCAUUAUGACUUGCAACCUUAGUAUUGGAUUUAAGAUGAUCAUGACUAAGGCCUUUACCAAAGAAUUCCCCCAUGUGGAGAGAUAUUUCUGGACUAUGGUGAAACAGCCAAAUUUCAGCAAGAUAUUGGGCGAGAUUAAACAAGCAGAAUCGGUUCCACCCCCUCCGUCAAAGAAGCCUGCACAGCCAAAAGAAUCUGCAAAACCCAAAACAGAGGAACCAAAGAAAGAGGCUAAGAAGGAAGAGGCAAAACCUAAGGAAGAAGUGGAGGAAGAGGAGGCACCCAAACCAAAACCAAAGAAUCCUCUUGAUCUUUUGCCUCCAAGCAAAAUGAUUCUGGAUGAGUGGAAGAGACUAUACUCUAACACUAAAACCAACUUCCGUGAGGUUGCCAUUAAAGGUUUCUGGGAUAUGUAUGAUCCUGAGGGAUACUCUCUCUGGUUCUGUGAUUACAAGUACAAUGAUGAGAACACUGUUUCCUUUGUGACUAUGAACAAGGUGGGUGGUUUUCUGCAGAGAAUGGAUUUAGCACGCAAGUAUGCUUUUGGUAAGAUGUUGGUGAUUGGUUCACAACCCCCAUUCAAAGUGAAGGGGCUGUGGCUUUUCCGAGGGAAAGAAAUUCCCAAGUUCGUUAUGGAUGAAGUGUAUGACAUGGAGCUCUAUGACUGGAAGGAAGCUGACAUUAGUGAUGAAGCUCAGAAGGAGCGGGUCAGCCAGAUGAUUGAGGAUCAUGAGCCUUUUGAGGGAGAGGAGCUUUUGGAUGCAAAAUGCUUCAAGUGAACACAUUGAAUUGCCUCUGAAAUGAGGGUUCCCCCAUAGCUCAAGUCAGUUGCUUCCUUGAAUUUUGUCAUGCAAUUGUAUACCUGUGUUUAGAACCAUGGUGUCCUAUAUCUAAAUGUAUUUCUGAAGGUGCUUGUGGUAGACAAUGUUCAGUUAAUAUAUAAACAAUUUUUUUUUUUUGGUGUUCAA